AGCAUAAUUUUUUGUAAUUAGAUCUAACUUCUAUAAUAUAAUUUAGAAUUACAUUUUUAAGAUAAAAAAUUUGUUAAUAAAAAUUAGAAAUUCAAAUAAGACAACUAAGAUUAAUAAAAAAAAAAGCACAAACUAUUAAAAUAUUUAAUUUUUAUGAUGGAUAAUCUGGGAUACACUGGUUUCAUUAUCCAAAAGACUGCUCAAAAACAUAGUCUAAGAAAAGAUAAUUCAAAUUUUAAUGAAUUCAAAAAUAAAAAUAUUGUGAUGUAUAUUCACAAGAAGGUAUCAAAUAACAAGGAGAGACUAGAUGGAGUUAAGUAAAGUGCAGCUGCACUAGCUAGUGGAGUUAACUUUGUUGUUAUGAAUUAAAAUUUAGUUGGUGAUAGGUAGUAAGAAAAGAUUAAUGUUUAAAAGGAGGAAGAAGAAUUCAACAAAGAAACUGCUCAUAUCAUGAAAAAAAUAAGAGAUUAGUCAUACUAAGAUGACUUUCACAUAGAAACAGUGGGAGGAGAAGAUCCAAAAAAAAACUAUGUUAAUAGAAAAAAUAGAGAAAAUGCAGAUAAAAAGCUUGCUGUUAUGCUAAAUCAAGCAAUAGAUGAAAAAGAAAUGCUCUCACUUUUCUCUGAUUAUCGCAGAACAUAACUAAAAGAAAAAAUUAAUGAUAUAAAGUAACGGAAAAUGGAUUUUACCAAAAUACAGUAAAAAAUUUAGAAUUCAAAAAAGAAUGAAGUUGAAGAUUAAGACUAAAUUGAUUUUUUUAUGACAGAGAUAACUAAACCUAAAGUAAAUAGACCUUAGGGAUUUACAAUAGGAUAAAUACUUAAAAUAGAAGAAAAUUAGAUUUAAUAUAAGUCAAAGAAAAUAGAGGAGGAAGAAAGAGAAUAGAGGAGAUAAGGUAGAUUAGCUAUGGAAUAGCUCAAUGAUUUAAUUUAAGAUGAAGAGGAGAGACAAAAAAAAGGAAUAAUUAAAAUUUACAAAUAAACUAAGCUUGAUAACAUGGAUGGAGAUGCUGCAAAGCAUAAGUACAAGAUGAUCAAUUUUAAAAAGAAAUAAGAAAUCUAAGAAAGGUUAUUUUAAGAUAUGGCAAAUCAAGAAAAACUAGCUUACUAAGAUGCAUUGAAAGAAAAAGAUUUUAACGAUCCAGAUAAGUUUUUUAGAGAGAAAAAAUAAUUUGAUGGACCUAAAAAAAGUGUAAAUGUAUACAAGAGGUUAACAAAAACAACUUCUGCACCUACAUAGCAACUUAUCAAUGCUUUAAAAAUUAGCUAAAUCAAAGAGGAAUAGGAGAAAAGAUAUCAUUUAGGAAUUAAAAAUAAAACUUUUAUAGAUGUAAUGGAUGCUUAUGAUAAUAUGAAGCCAAAAUAAUAGGCUAAACAUAAAAGACAAGUUUCUUCAACUAUAAAUGGCAGAAGUAAUGCUACUACAAGACCUAAUUCUUCAAGAUAACUGCAUAGCAGUGUUGGAAAGCACACAGAAGGAGCUCAUACUCACAGACCUUAAUCAGCACUUACUAAUUAAACUGCAAGAUCUCAUUUAUACUUCAACAAUUAAAAUAGUUAAGAUAAUCAUAGCAAUAAGCAUAAUUUGGUUCGUCCUUAGUCUGCUGCAUCACCUUUUCCUAAAGAAUUUAUUGAUUGGAAUAUAGAAGAUCUCAAAAAGAAGGUUAUAGAAUACUCAUAAACUCAUUAAUAUUCAAAAGAUUAAACAAAAAUAUAGCAGAUACUGGACAAAAAAUAAUUUAUUUAGCAGUUUAAUAACUUAAUCAAGGAUUGCAAAACCAUGCAUAAUAACAAUCAAAAAGAUGAAAAGAAGAUAAAAGGAUAGCUCAGAGAAAUGGAAAAUGAUAUUUAAGACGAGUUAAUUUAAAUUGAGAAAACUGACUUUGAGAAACCACCUGUUUAAUUUUAAAAUUAAAUAUAAUAAGUCAAAGGAGAUAAAUUUUCAGAAUUUAAAAGAGAAAGAAACUUUAAGCGUAAACUAAUAGGCUUCCUUAUUGAUAAAGUAGAAAAGAAAAGUGAUUUAAUAAGCAAAUAUAAUAACAAAAAAUGGACAGAAGAACUUCUUUCUUAAAUAACCUAAGCCUCAGAUUGA